UGAGGCGAUAUCUCUCGUCGCCACAGCGUCCAAGCUGGCCGCCGUGGAGGAUGCGGCUCCGAAGGGGCCCGAGGCGUCGAUUCGAUCGAAAGCCACCGCACUUAAAGUAUCGCCUACAGCAAGGGCCACCCUUUUGGCUCUCAGAUCUCCCAGAAAUAGAAUAUCGUAUCCUCUUACACCUUCUCCGACGACCACAAAGGACGCCGAAACUAUCACCGAGGUCUGCAGCGGUGGUGAAAUACCAGAAGUUGAGAUCAUCAGUUUGUUAGAGGAACAAAUACCUAGGUACCGUCUACGAGCCGAUACUCUCACUCAAUUUCAAGGAUACGAAAACUCUGACUGGUUUAUUCCGUCACCAGCGCUAAAGUCUGUCGACGCUGAUUUGAAAUUGUCACCGGACCAAAUCCGGGAGACCCUCAACUACUUUCUUCUAUGUAGCAGCCGGGUGAGCCAAAUGACCAAGACUUAUAAUGACAUAGAAGCAGUGACAAGGCUUCUGGAAGAGAAAGAGAAGGACUUGGAACUGACCGCGCGCAUUGGCAAAGAAUUAUUAUCGCACAACCAGAAGCUCGAAGCCACGGUCAGUAGUUUAGAAUCCGACUUAAAGGAAGCUAACGAGAGAAUUACUCAACUCACGCAUGAGCUUACGAAAAAGACAGAAUUAAUUCAGAUUCUGACUAAUGACGCUGAGGAAACAAACUCUGAAGCCGGUACGCCCACCGGACUUCGUGGUAUCAGUUUGGAUAUGAUGCAGAAAAAGAUCAGUACCCUCGAAGAUGAGAAUAAGCAACUGAGGACGGAGUUUUCGAAAUUGAUAUAUGAUACCGAUAGUACAGAGGAGCAAGAGGCAAAACUUGUCAGGGAUAUCGCUGCUCAGCUUGCAAAUGCAAACAUGGAAGUGGACGGGAUUGCCGAGGAGCUCGACAGGCAGAAAGAAGAAAACCGCCUCCAACACGAGCAAAUUGUCAGCUUGACGGCGAAACUAGCGGAAACGGAAUUAAGAUUGGCACAGCUGAUGGCCGAACACGACGAGGUGGGAGCUACCUUGCUCAUCACGAGGGAUAACCAAAAUACCCUUGCGAGUGAGCUGGCCGAGUUUAAGGACCGAUAUGCGGAGGUGGUGAAUUUAUUAGCGGAAACUCAAGAACAAUUGCGAAAACAGAGAAAGAAAGGAAUGCCAACAGUCAGAGGAGGAUCUCUAUUUCCCUCAAUGGGUGUUGCUCCGCAGCCUGAUUCUAUUGCUUCAGAAUUGGAAUCCUCUCUUUAUUCUGAACUCAGCUUAGAUUCUGGCAUCAGCGCUGACAGAGUACCUACGUACAAAAAAGUUUUUGAAACGGUCAGAAGUGCUUCAAGAAAUUCGUACGGAGUUGAUGGUAAUCAGUUCCCAAGAAUAGGGUCGAUGACUACAUCAACCCUAUCGAGUGGUUCUGCUGGGCCCAGAAUGAGUUGUGGACAAAUUCGACCCAUAGCAUCAACGUUCCCUAGUUUGGACUCUGCUGGCCAUAGCGAUUCGGAAGGAUCUCUUAUUACAGAUUCUGAAGAUUAUCCAGCUCCACAGGGAAUGGGAGUACCAGGCGCUCCUGGGGCAGCAGACCUUGUGGCAGCACUUCGUAGGUUAACGCCUGCCGAAGUCAUCGCGAGGCGUGCUUGCCUGAGCACCGGUACAGGAUAUAGUUACGAUUACGAUGCUGCUGGAGUGAAUUCACCUUCGACCUUCGUGCCUCUUGGAUGUAGAACUCCAGACAGCAUCAUGUCCACGGGAAGUAGCGGAAAUCUAAGUGGUUACAGUGGAAAUGCUUGGAGACUUCCUGAGAAACUGCAAAUAGUCAAACCUAUUGAAGGUUCACAAACGUUGCAUCAGUGGACGCAAUUAGCCACGCCAACUUUAGGUGGUUUGUUAGAAGAACGACCGGGAGUGAUGACUCGAGGUGGUCGUGGCCUGGAAGACUUAGGCCUAGUCACUUUUACAUUAAGCGAUCUUGAGGAAGAUGAAGAAUAUACCAAUCCUGGUAAACUCUUCCAAGACACAGGCUCCGUUUAUACAUAUACCAAUAGUACUGUUCUUCAUCCUGAUGAUCACACAAACGUAACAUCAAGUAUCGUGGGUAGCAGAGUUGCAACUGCACCUAAUAGUGCUUUAAAUUCCGGAAUGAGUACUCCGAGAACUUUAAGUAGAAGGAAUUCUACUUCGACAUUCUCGACAACCCUUGGGCUCGCCAAAAUACUGAAUGAAAGAGGUAUAAAAGCUGUAACACCUUCUUGUGUUGGUACUCCAAGUGGUGAAAGGAAUUAUACACCUACUGCAACACCUUGCAAUAGCCCUGAUGCUAGUCCUCCAGAAAGUCGAUCUAGUUCACCAACUCCGGAAAGUGGAAUUUCUUUGGGCUUAUUAUCUAGUGGGGCAGAAUUAUUAAAGAGGACGUUUGGUGGAGAAACAGAGCAGGUAAAAAGAAAGCGGACAGUGCUUUCAAGAUCCGAGAAAAAAGCUCUUACUGGGAUUCGUUUAGUAGAGAAACUCGAAAGAAUUGGUAUCGAUACUAUAAUGGCUACAACAAUCGGUUCCUCUAUCUCUCCGCUAGCUCUUCAGGGAUCUUUGUACACCAGACGUACUACUGAUAGUCCCAUGGCUCAGUUAACUUUCUUAAAAAGCUCUAUAUCCUCGAGUGGAAGUCAGGAAAAACUUUCACCUUCUUCCACUGUAAGUGAUUCCUCAUCGACAAAACGAAAACUUGCUGAGAAGAAGCAGAACGAGCCCACAUUGAGCAGGGAGACAAAUAGACAAAGGAGAACUGGUGCUAGGGCCACGAGGCCCGACCUCGGACAAGUUACACCUGCUGUCCCUGUCACUGUUACAAAAGAAUCACCCGCGCAAUCUGCUUUGGGAACUAUCAGUUCGCUUUUGUUUGGACGAAAAGGUGGAUUACUUUGAAACCACUGUUCCUUGUGUGCUAUGUAAAUUAAUGCGGGAUUCUAGCUUAAAUUUUAAGAGAUUCAAAUGUAAGACUGU